CUGGGGGGGCGGUGUGGGCGCGGGGCCGCGGUCGAGGUGGCCAGAGGGGGGGUCGGGGGCAGAUCUUCGAAGACCCCGCGGUGGUGAAGAGCAUCAGGCUGCGGCCCAGCCUCAAGAGCCUGGACAGUGCCAUAGUGGAUUGCUCUCGCACGUCAUAUUGGGAACAAGAGAACGCUCAUUCAUGGGUACCACCAACCCAAGGCUUCAGAGGACCCAUGCCAAAGCCCAUCCUGCAGCAAGAUGAAGCCAUCCUUCGGGUGAUUGACAGGCCUGCCUAUGCCCCUCGCUUGCCCAGCUACCCUAACUUCCUGUCUAAGUCCCGACCCUACAUGUCCACUUCCUUCCGAGGCAGGCGAGGCCUGGUGAGGGAAUGCCCGCCUCUCCGCCCCCUCGCCCAGGGCUGGUACUCUCAGAUGCAUCCCAUGGUACCUCGCUCACCACUGCGCCCACGGCAACUGCUAAACCCCCGGCAGCAGUUCAACCAGCCCUCCCUCACAUCCCCUCAGCCUAUGACGCCAAAGAUGGCACAGCCCCGAUUUGGCCCCCUCUCUCCAAGACCCGCCCCCUUCUACAGCCCAUCAGCCAAUACGCCUCAGCGGUUCAGAUUCCCAGGAUCUGUGACGCAGCUUCAUCCCCAACACAAACGCCUGCUCAGCCAGAGACCUCCCAAACCACACAGUUCAAUAUACAGGAAACCGGAGCGGUGGGAUCCGUACGCUGAGCUUAUGUCGGACAAGGAGAAGGAGUGGGUCAUCCGUCUACAGAUGAUCCAGCUGCAAAGUGAAAACCCUCAUCUGGACGACUACUACUAUCAAGAGUACUAUAAGAGGAUGGAGGCAAAGCUGGCUGAGGAGGAGAAGAGGGGCGACCGGGCGAAGAGGGAGACCCCCAAACUCACUACCCCCUACGUCACCAAGACGGAGUACUACACGCCAGUGGUCCACAUCGAAGGGUCACUAGGGCAGGUUGCCGUGUCGACGUGUUUCUCCCCAAGGCGAGCGAUCGAUACUAUACGCGGACACAGCCCUGAUGAGGAUGCCAGACACCCAAGGCUAGAGGUGCACAUAGAGAAGCUGUUUAGUGUGCUGCUGGAGGUGGAGGAGGCUGCCAGGAAGAAGGGGUACGUGCGGGUGGAGGAAAAGGAGCAGCUGCUGCAGGACAUGGAGAGGAAGGUGGAGCAGGUCUACUCUCAACUCCGCCACACACACCCCCAAGAGUCCAGCGAGGAGUUCCUUCCUUGCCUGCUGACCUCCAAGGGCAAGCGCCUCUUGGCCCGCCUCCUGCCCUUCCUGUCCCAUGAUGCCGCGCUGCACGUCCUCACCAUGGUGACCACACACCUGCCCAUGCUGAUGAGCAAAGACACUGAUGAGGCCCUGCCAGUUUUGUACGGGCCUCUUCGAGACGUGGUCAGUGCCCUGUCCUUCAGUCAGCUGGUCGGGGUCCUGAAGGAGUUCACCGUCACGGUGGCCGAGAGCGAUGAGACGAUCCUCACACUCGCCUGUCAAAAUGAGUUUGGCCUGUCGCUGCUGUAUGCUCUACUCUCUCAGGGCGAGAGACUGCUGUCCUCCAACGUUCCCAUGGAGCCCAACAUAGGAGACUUUGAGACCUGGACGGACACGGUGUUCCAGGUUGCCCAGCAACUGUCCAAGGCUUCCCUGGUGGAGCCGCUCUUCCUGCCCUCCAACCUGCUGACGCUCUUCUGUCGCUACCUGGACAAGCGCACCGUGCACCAGCUCAAGAGCAACAUCGAGUCCGCCUCUGGUUACCUGGCCGUGGUGUCGUAGAGUGGCGAGCGCUGGAAGCUGCUGAUGUGUGGAGAGGUGUGGCCUGCGUCCAGCACUUUACCCACCUGCCGUCCACCUGGAGACGAACAUACAGCCUUGCAUGUGUACAUGCAUGUAUCAAUUUCUGUAUGUCAAUUAUUUAUGUCUAAUUAAUUAAUUAAUGUUUAUGAGUGCGUGGCAUCUGUACGUUAGCGGAUGUGAAAACGGAUGGGCCUAUAGAAUAUCAUAUGAAGAAGUGACGCGUCAUUCUGAGAUGAUUUUUGGCUUGUUGACAUUAUACCCCGUCUUUUUUGUUUUUCUUUAAGUUCUUCACACCUUACUCCUUCACGUUUCCACACUCCCUUUUCCAUUUUCUUUGUUUUCCCUUUUUUUUUUUUUUUUUUUUGAAAUCUGUUUCCUUGUAAAUAUGUAUUGAAGCCGUGAGGCUUUUGAUGCUAGGCUACAUUUGUCUAGCUGUUGAGCUGAUCUCUUAAACUACUCACACUUGGCUGAAUCUGUUGGUGUGCUUGCUGUGUGGAGGUUUUGUUUGAGUCCAUAGACUGCAAGGUCUUCACAUCUCAUACUGACAGUGUCCUAGAGAGGGCGCUCGUUGUAGUGGGAUUCUUUGUAAUCUGUUCAUUCAUGAUUGACACUCAUGGGGGGAAAAAAUGACUUCCUCUCUUUUCAAUCUUUCUUUUGGCCUCUGAUAUUUUAGCUGUAAGCAUUAAGUUGCUCUAGUUCAUCAGUAUGACUUUGUUCAUAUUACAACUUGCAUCAGGAAAUGUUGACUUUUGAACUCCACAGAGCAAGUGAAUUGAUUCAGUAAAUAUUAUUAAUAUUGCUCUGUUUUGUAAUAUUGUCUGAUUUAGACUUAAAAUGUGAUUUAUAAAAUAUCAACAGAUUUGGGUUAUAUCUCUUAAAAGAGAAUAUUGUUAAUUUUGUAAACACAUUUGACUACUUUUUCAUCUUUUUGUUUUAACUAAGUUAUAUCCCUAUUUGGUUUAACAGGAAACAGAUGAUUAAAUUAUAUGUGCACCUCUAUGUUCUAUAGCACUUGCAGUAUAAAACUAAUAAAAAAAUCAUAAAAGCCCAUCUUUGAUCCUUU